GCAAUCGCUGCCAGUCCAAGAAGGUUCGCUGCAAUCGAGUCGCUCCGCGAUGUGACAAAUGUGAAGCAGCGGGAGCUGAGUGCGUCUACUUGCCUCGGAAGCCCCGAUCCAAGAAGCAAGGGUAUUUAUUAUCUACCUAUAAGGGCUCCUGACUCCAUCAGGCAACUGACGAGUCAUGACAGAAACGAAACAUCCGGUAAGCAUCUGCUUUCGGAGAUUCUCGACCGUCUCAACCGUCUCGAAGAAAAAUUCUGCCUGGAGAAUGCUCCAGAAACCGAAGAUAAUGGAGACGAUUCCAUGUCGAUUUUUUUGGUCAAAUCAGGCGCAGCUCGGGCAACGCCCCUAGACGACAAUCUGGCUCAAGUCGUUCCGUCCGUGAUUCGAGAUAUUGUCAGCCGUAUGAAAGCUGAAGGCAGUCGAUCUAUGCUUCUCUCCAACGUCUUUUGUCAACUGCGACAAGUUGACUCAUGCUUUUUCGAAAACAAUCGAUGUAUCAGAGCAAUCACCUCCGCUAUAUCGGAGAUUGAAUCCAUGCAGAGUACGCAGAGCAUCGAGCCGCUGGGGCCCCCGAUUAUCCCAAAAGACCUGGCAAAGAAGUUCAUCGAAAGCAAGUGUCUCCCCUCCCUUUAUCACAGCUGUCGAUGA